UACGUCAUAUGAUAGAAACAAAGCCCCCAGCACUUACCCAGCAGGAAUUCACUGGCUUCUUGCUCCUUCCUGGCCCCUUAACUCAGAGAAGGCACCAUGGAAAUGGAGGCCCAGCCCCCUGCCCAGUCAAAGCCCCUCCUGAGGCUGGGCUCAAGCUGGGGCCAGGCUCCUCGGCAUGGCUCUCUCUUCUCCAGCAAGACUAUCAUCUGGGCUCCACCUCGAGCCUCAGGGGUAGCCUGGGCUGCAGCUCGGUCAGACAUGCUGGGCAGGUUGUAGGACUGUUCAGAGCACAUGCUCCCGUCCGCUGUGGUUCCCAGCUUGACCCGGGAAGUGGCCAACAUUUUCCCGGCUGUCUCUCUACCCCAGGGUGAGGCAGGGGCUGAGUGUCCUAGUUCACUGCAAAAGCAGUGACCUCAAAGCCAGGGCUGAUGGACGGAGCUCCCAUCAUCACCAGGCAACACUAGCAACCACGAAGGGGGACACCCUCAGGGCUGGGAGCAGCCUUUCGUCCCCCUGCUUUCCCCACACUCUGCUCAGCAAUUACCCAGGGCCAGGCCUCACCUCCUGGCCUGCACAGCUGUGUGCACAGGGGGAAAGUGUAUGUGAGACACUGGUUCUAGACUGCCCAGUGCCUGUGCCCUGGCCCACCGUGAAUGUGACCAUGCCAAGCUUUGCUGGUCUCACCUGGGAGUGACCAUCAGUGAGAGACAGAGCAGUCCCUUUUCACCAGGAUCUCUGCCUGCUCUCUUUCUGUCAGGUCUUCCUCCCCAGUGUUUUUAUUACAACAUAACAAACAUGCAGGACAUAAGAAGACUUACGUGCUCCAUGCUCUCAGAUGACUUAAUAUUAAAAGAUCUAAAAUCCUUCACAAAUUAAUCUAUUUGAUGCAACCCUAAUAACGAUUCCAGUUGAUUUUAUGUUUUAACCUCUCCAAAAACUUACUCUACAAUAUAUAUGGAGGCUAGAAGCUUCUAAUUACUGUCAAUCUUAAUGCAAGCAGGCACAGGAGAAAGACUUGGCCUCCAGAUAUAGAAAGAUAUUUUCAGGAUCAGAGUGCUAAACCCUACACAGAGACUGAGAGAGGGGAAGAAAAUGGAACAGAACAGCACACACAGCCGCAGACUCCAUAAAAACGAUAACAAAGGUAGCCCUGCCAAGAAAGAUAGGUUUUCUGCUGAUGGUGCUAGAAGAUGACUCAAAUGAAACUACCUCAAAAUAUGAACCACCUCAAGAGUCCAGGCAAGAGGAAAAUAGAGUGAAGUAAUUAGAAAGUCAUGAGUUUUUAGAGUACUUGUUGCUUUUGUUUUUAAUAUAGUUAUUUCUUUGCAAGGUUUUAUCACUUAGUUUUUAAUAGUAGUAUAUCUGAUAACUGACUCACAAAGAUUCCUUAAAGCUUUACUAACAAUCACCUCUUGCACACAACCUAUCAAGAUCAGGGACCUGGCUGAUCACAGAGGACUACAUUUCCCAGAAGCCCCCUCUCCUGGGACCAGCCCUCAACUGUAACCAUGGAGAUAGCUAACAGAUAGCUGAGGCUGUCCACAGAGGAGACACCUUCUUAGACAGCCGGAGACCGCCAGAAUGGAGGUCCUGAAAGAGAAAGUAGAGGAGGAAGAGGCUGCCGAGCGGGAGGAGGCAGCCGAGUGGCCCGAAAGGAUGGAGAAAACGCGGCCAGCAGAGGUGCAGAAGGAGGAAACCAUCAUGAGCCAGGAGAUGCUCAGAGACUUGGAGAGGAAGCUGUCAGAGAUCAAAGUCCCCAUCCCAGCAGAGCCCCCGGCUGUAAUUGAGGACACCAUUGACAUCUCCAACCUGCCCCCUUCCUACAAAACCAACACACCCAAGGAGCAGCACCUGCUGCAGGUGGCCGACAACUUCUCCCGCCAGUACAGCCACCUAUGUCCAGACCGUGUGCCGCUCUUCUUGCACCCCCUGAAUGAGUGCGAAGUGCCUAAGUUUGUGAGCACCACCAUCCGGCCCACGCUGAUGCCCUACCCUGACCUCUAUAACUGGGACGGCUGUGCCAACUUUGUCUCCGACUUCCUCACCAGGGUGCCUCUGCCUGAUCCUCUCAAGCUGCCUUCGCACCUGUAUUCCUCGACCACGGUGCUCAAGCAGCAGAAGGGGAACUGCUUCGACUUCAGCACACUGCUCUGCUCCAUGCUGCUCGGCGCUGGCUACGACGCCUACUGCGUCAGCGGUUACGGCUCGCAGGCCCUGUGCAACAUGGACCUGACGCGGGAGGUGUGCCCGCUCACCGUGAAGCCCAAGGAGACAGUCAAGAAGAAAGAGAAGGCACAGCCCAAGAAGUACACCAUCAAACCACCCCGGGACCUGACCAGCAGAUUCGAGCAUGAGCAGGAGAUCAAGAAACAGGAGGAGGCCAAAGCCCAGGAGGAGAAGCGGCGGUGGGAGGAGGAGGAGCGCCUCCAGGAGGCAGAGAAGGAGAAGCCUGAUCCCUUGCAUGGCCUUCGGGUGCACUGCUGGGUCCUGGUGCUGUCUGGGAAGCGAGAGGUGCCCGAGAGCUUCUUCAUCGACCCGUUCACAGGGCGCAGCUACAGCACCCAGGAUGACCACUUCCUGGGCAUUGAGAGCCUCUGGAACCACAGGAACUACUGGAUCAACAUGCAGGACUGCUGGAACUGCUGCAAGGACUUGGUCUUUGACCUGGGAGACCCUGUGAGGUGGGAGUACAUGCUCUUGGGGACGGACAAGCCUCAGCUGUCCUUGGAUGAGGAAGAGGACGAAGGGCUGAACGAUGAUGAUGACAUAGAAGAUCUGGACAAGGAGACCGAGGAUAAGAGCUUCGACAUGCCGUCCUCGUGGGUGGAACAGAUCGAGAUCUCCCCAGAAGGUACCAAGAUUUUGGAGAUCAAGGAGUGGUACCAGAACCGCGAAGAUACACUGGAGCUGAAGCACAUAAAUAACAGCACGGGCCUGCACACCGACUACUUCAGGCCGGGCCACCCCCAGGCUCUGCGUGUGCACUCCUACAAGUCUAUGCAGCCGGAGAAUGACCGUGUCAUGGAGUUUUAUGAAACGGCCCGUGUGGAUGGCCUGAUAAAGCGGGAGGAGACUCCCAGGACAAUGACCGAGUACUAUCAAGGACGCCCAGACUUCCUCUCCUACCGCCACAUCAACUUCGGGCCCAGGGUCAAGAAGCUCACUUUGACCAGUUCAGAGUCAAAUCCCCGGCCCGUGGUGAAAAUCACAGAGCGGUUCUCCCGCAACCCGGAGAAGCCGGCGGAUGAGGACGUGGCGGAGCGCGUGUUUCUGAUCACCGAGGAGCGCAUCCAGCUGCGCUACCACUGUCGCGACGACCACAUCACGGCCUCCAAGCGCGAGUUCCUGCAGCGCUCCGAGGUGGACAGCAAGGGUAACAAGAUCAUCAUGACGCCGGACAUGUGCAUCAGCUUUGAGGUGGAGCCCAUGGAGCACACCAAGAAGCUUCUCUACCAGUACGAGACCAUGAUGCACCUCAAGAACGAGGAGAAGCUGUCCAAACAUCAGGCCUGGGAGUCCGAGCAGGAGGUGCUGGAGAUCUUAAAGCUUCGAGAGGAAGAGGAGGAGGCACACACGCUGAACAUCUCUAUCUAUGACACCAAGCGCAAUGAAAAAAGCAAGGAGUAUCGGGAGGCCAUGGAGCGCGUGAUGCACGAGGAGCACCUGAGGCAGGUUGAGGCUCAGCUGGACUACCUGGCACCGUUCCUGGCCCAGCUGCCCCCGGGUGAGAAGCUGACACGCAUACAGGCCGUGCACCUCAGGGAUGAAUGCCUCAGUGACUUCAAGCAGCGGCUCAUUGACAAGGCCAACCUCAUUCAGGCCCGCUUUGAGAAGGAGAAUCAGGAGCUGCAGAAGAAGCAGCAGUGGUACCAGGAGAACCAGGUGACCCUGACACCAGAGGAAGAAGACCAGUACCUGAGUUACUGCUCUCAGGCCAUGUUCCGCAUCCGCAUCCUGGAGCAGCGGCUCAAUCGACACAAGGAGCUGGCUCCCCUGAAGUAUUUGGCACUGGAGGAAAAGCUCUACAAGGAUCCACGCCUGGCAGAGUUCCUCAAAGUCCUUCAAUAGUCCGCAAAGUCCUUCAUAGUCUCACAGACCUACGGUGGAAGCUGCCAGAGACCAGAUAGGAGCCCAUCCACUCGGGCCUGGUCUCUACCACACUGCCUCCCACCUCCUGUAGUUUUCCUAUAAUAAAUGCACUUUUAAUUUGCCA